AAUGAUUAAAGUUUAGAUAUUUAAAUAUGUACUCUGUGGUCCAAAGUUAAUAGUUACAAUUAUAUUAAUAUGACCUAGCAUAUGUAUUAAUCUUGACAAGAUACUAAAAUAUAUAAUAAAAGUAUAUCCAUUUUUUGUUUAUCAAGCCUUAUACAAAAGAGCUAGCCAACUAAUAAUUCGUGCCUGCCGCCUACAUUAACACAUAUAAUUAGGUUUAACUCUCACUCAUUCCCUUAAAGUUUUUCAAAGACCAAAACAAGUUUAAGAAAAAAAUAACUAUAAACAAAAGAUUUAUCUUUCAGAGCCAUUGAGAAGGAAACAAGCAAAACAAAAAAAAGAAAAGAAAAGAAGGUUUGAAUUUGUCAUCAAUUGCACAACAAUGUUCUCAUUGUUUCUAUCUUCGAUGGCUUGUUAAUGAACACUUCUCGCAUAUCCUUAAAGCAUAAUUCCUGUCAUAUUCCUCGAAUCUACUCUUACUCUCCUUGAUUACUACUAAUCAUACUUUAAUAAAAUGUAGUCUUUCUUCUUUUCUAAAACAAAAAUCAAUCUCCAAAUAAUCGUAACAAAACAUCAUUGGACAACCAAUCCCAAUCUAAUUCAUUCCUCUCCAUAUGCCAACGUAUUUAUGCUCUCUCUUCCUCGCUCUUUAUAACUGCCAACUGCCAACAACCCUAAACAUCAGACAUCAGUUUCUUGAUCAAGAUUUUAUAGUUAGUUAGUCGGUUAGUUAUCAGUUAAUUCCGUUAAUAUUGUAUAAUGGAGAGCCAGAGCCCACUUUCUCCUUGUCAUAUCAUCAUUGCUUAUGAUGCCACUAAGGAUCGUGGUGUGCAUGAAUUUAGACGCACCGUCGACGAAGUCAGAAUGAGAGGUGAUAUUCUUCGUAAAGGUGAUAAUCUUGUCGUUCUUGGGGUUCUCCAUAAGGUGCCUAAUCCCAUGGGUUAUAUGAAAGCGUGUUCUGAGUCUUUUGGUGGGGCAAACGUUCGAGUCAUGGAAGAGGAAGUUACAACCAAAAUCGAUGUGUAUGUAAACAUGCUCCUGCGCAGUGCUGAAGUUUGUGAAGAUGAAGGGGUACGCUCUCCAUCUUUUGCACAUAAAGGGGUCAGUAUUGAAGUCAAAAUCACAGCUGGAAGUCCCAUGAAGCACGUUAUUAUCCAAGAAGUUGUGUCUUAUAAAGCAGCUUGGAUUAUACUGGAUAGGCAUCUGAGAAGGGAUUUGAAGUUUUUUCUUAAACAGAUACCUUGCAAGGUUGCAUUGAUCCAAGAUAACUUAUCUGUCGUACUUAAGAGACCUCAUUUUACAAAUGAAACAGAUCCUAUAGAACACAAACCUUUCUAUUCCAUGUCUAAACCUGUCCCACUGUUGAAUCCUCAAGAAGGUGAGAACGAUGGACAGUCUGUUGCCUCUUCCAAAAGCAACUUGUUAUCUAAUAAUUCCCAUGAAAAUUCUGAUACGCCUAGGACAAACUGGUUUCCUUCGUCUUCACAUGGAGUAAAGGACCAUAACUUUUCACUGGAUUUUGGCGCCUCUUCUAAGCUACAUAUAUCAGAAGAUAAUAAACACAAUCAAAUCACUCAAAGGAACCGUAACAAUGCGGCUCGAUGGGAAUUUUCCGAAGCACCUAUCCUAUGUUCUUCAUGUGGAGCAAGUACUGAAUUGUACAUCAAGGAUUCAAUGCAAUUCACUUAUUCUGAGAUUCAGCUUGCAACACAGCAGUUCUCAAAGGAGAACUUGUUAGGAGAAGGUGGAUAUGGACAUGUGUAUAAAGGUGUACUUAAAGAUGGACAGCUAAUUGCAGCGAAGGUACGCAAAGAAGCAAGCACACAAGGAUUUACAGAAUUUCACUCUGAGGUAUCCGUUCUAAACUUCGCCCGGCAUAAGAACAUUGUCAUGCUUUUGGGGUUUUGCUGCAAGGAGGAUCGUAACAUCCUGGUUUAUGAGUAUAUUUGCAACAAGUCUCUGGACUGGCAUUUAUUCGAUAACCAAGCAAAUACUCUUGACUGGCACCAAAGAUAUUCUAUUGCCAUUGGAACUGCAAAAGGGUUGCGUUUUCUACAUGAAGAAUGCCGUGGCGGUCCCAUCAUUCAUCGAGACGUGCGGCCGAGCAAUAUUCUACUCACACAUGACUUCGUCCCAAUGCUUGGAGAUUUUGGCCUUGCAAGAUGGAAGACUACUGAUGAGGUGCAGACAAGGAUACUGGGCACACUUGGAUAUCUUGCUCCAGAGUAUGCAGAGAAUGGGUUUGUUUCCGUGAGAACAGAUGUCUAUGCAUUUGGCAUUAUUCUCUUACAACUAAUAUCAGGACAGAAAGUAGUAGAUUCAAAAAGAGAGGAAGGGCGACAAUCACUUCGACAAUGGGCAGAACCAGUGAUUGAGAGGCUUGCGCUGCAUGAACUUAUCGAUCAACGUAUAGCAGAUUCAUAUGACACAUAUGAAUUAUACCUCAUGGCUAAAGCUGCAUACCUAUGUGUACAGAGAAGCCCUGAAAUGCGACCAUCGAUGGGAGAGGUUCUCCGUCUUCUCGAGGGAGAGAAUAACCAUGUCCACCAUUUGCGGGAGCAUGUAUUACCACAUUAUCCAAGCAAUUGAAGACGAUGAAGAUGGAAUAUACAUAUCAUUUUUGUUUUUCAUAGAAUAUAUCUAUCCUUUUUCUCCAUAGCAUUCAGUGGUCGUAGCUUCUUAUGUACUUGCUUAUUAGAUAGCCCUGUUUUGGCCAUUGAUAAUUAGUUUUGAAAAAUUAUUCAGGAAGAACGGCACCUUCUUACUGAAUAAGCACCCUUCUGUUUUUUAGAAGAUCCUGGAGAAAAGGGACACCUACACUCCCAUAAAGUGACAUACCAAAGCAUUAUAUGUUCAUUUUCUGCUGUAAAAAUAAAUAACUUCAAAUGAGAUAGGUCCAUAUUUCAUGGGCAUUUGAUCUAA